AUGGAUAAAAUUAAAAUUGAAAUUGGAAACAAUCAAAUUUGGGUUUCAGUUGAUGAAACAUGUGAUGUACAAGGACGAUGUGUGGCAAAUGUUAUUAUUGGUCUUUCAUAUCUACUGCACUCAGAAGAGUUAGAAAAAACAAAUCAUAAUACUAUUUGUAAAGUCUUUAAUAAAUCAAUGACCAUUUUAUGGCCUGGAGAUAUUAUGUACAACAGCGUCUUACUAUUCUUAUCCGACGCAGCUCCUUACAUGGUAAAGGCCGGUUCAGUUCUCAAAAAUUUAUAUACCAAAAUGAAAUUCGUGGUCAAUUUAAUACUGUUGACGAGUUGA